AUGGUGCAUAUUCUCUGUCGUCCCUGGUGGUCGCGAGCUUGGAUUCUUCAGGAGAUGGCGUAUGCCAAGUCCGACCCUUUGAUCAUGUUCGGUCGCAAUUUUCUACCUGCUCGCGUUCUGUACCGCGUCUUCAAGCAAUUCCACGACAGGAUACAUUGCGAGUCGAACCCAAUUUCUGUUGAAGACGACGAGCACGACGACUGUACAGUUCUUCUUUGGCGAGCGCGACUGAGCCCGGCAAUGCACUCAAUUGCUGAUCUGCUGCAAUUGACAAGCGGCCAAGUGGCUUCGGAUCCUCGAGACAAGGUCUUUGCUUUCCAAUCACUCAUGAUGGAACCUAUGCGGUCCGCUUUUGCCCCCGACUACGGCAAAUCGACCGCUAGCAUUUACACUAGGUUGGCAACAUAUCUUCUCUGCAUCGAAAAAUGGAGUAGGUUGUACCGCGAGUUUCCCAUCGGCGUCGACAAAACUUCUCCUGACCGUCCAUCGUGGGUGCCAGACUUUUCAGAUAGUUGCCAUGAUGAAAUCUGUGCUCAGCUCUGGGCUGAUGCUCCGCCACUCAAAAUACGCGAUCUUGAAGCGGUGGUAGACUUUGGGAUGCUUGUUAUUCGCGGGGUCUAUUGUGGUCAAGUUGUUGCCGCCUCAGCUCUGAAACCGAUGCACGAAGCCAAGUUUCUUGUGGGUGGUCUGGCGGCCGAAGCCAAGGGGCCAUUAUCAUGUCUUUUGCAAUCGACGCUGGAGGUUUUUGGGCAAGGGAAGGAAAACAAGGAGAAAGAUGAUUUGCAGGAGCUUUACCUUGCUGUGAGGGCGCGGCCACAAAGUUCAUUCUUCACCAUGCAAGAUCUCAAGGUAUUCAUCUCUGACAUGAGCCAAGGAUUGCCCUGUAGAACAAACAGGCUGGUAGAAUCGCGGUCCUCGGAGCCGGGCACGACGGAAUAUGACGAAGAGAUCCUAGAUGCCCUUGCAAGUGAUGUGCGGCAAACGAGAAAAAGACUGUCUGAGAAGUGGAUGAACAGGUUUGACCGGCUAGGAUUAUUUAUGAGCAAGCAGGGCCCCAAUAUACUCCCACCCAAAACCGAACGUCUAGUACAGCAAUAUGAAGAGGAUCUCCAGCAAAGCAGGAUGAAAUAUCGGCAUCAAAAGAAGAGCUAUUAUGAGAGGAACGAGAAGAAGUUCACCGAUCAAGUGGCUUUGGAUCACAUAAUGUUUACCACUGACACGGGGUUGGCAGGAGUUGGGCCGUCUACGACUCGCCCAGGAGAUAGUGUCGUGGUAUUGUAUGGAAUUGACACCGCUUUCAUAGCGCGACAGAUUGGUGAUAGUCAGACCAUGGUGCUUGUGGGAAUGGUUUGGCUUCACUAA